AUGGCCUCAGCUAGUGGUGUUCUGGUAAAAUUUCUGGUAUAUGAUAGAUCAGGAAAAGUGGCAGAUAGCCUGAGAUCUCUCUUACCUCAGGUAAAUAGGGGCACUAAUCAGCUCACUAUAGAUAUCUUGCCAUAUAGCUCAGACAAAGACCUUGCACAAGUUAUAAGGGAGAACUCAAUUGAUGCUAUUAUAUCUCCAGGAAACUCAUAUGGGUUUUUAAAUGGGGGAUUUGAUGCUGCUAUAUCGUCCUAUUAUAGUGGUGAGGUUUCGGGCGGUAAUAUCUCCAUCACCGCCAACGACAUCACAUUAUGUCUUCAGGACGUUUUACUGGAAAAGAUGGGCGGAUAUAACCCAGUAUCUCACGCAUUAGUGGUGAACAUGAGUGAUGCUCUCAAAUCUUUUCCAAAGACUAUGGAAGCAGCUGGUCAAUUGAAAAAUUCCAUUCCACAAUUGAUACAUACCCCUACUAUGGCCCUACCUACUGUAAUUCCGCCAGGAUCGCGAGUUAUUUUCGAUUGUAUGUGGAAUAUUAUUUGCUCCAUUAAACAGAAUAAUGUCGUUUCAGAGACUAAAAUUAAUCGUGUUUUAUUGCCGGGAUUAGGUACUGGAGUCGGGAGGGUCAGUGCAGAUUCAUGUGCUUCGCAAGUUGUAACUGCAUUGCAGUAUUUCAAUAAAGCGGAAUCUGCCAAAAGCAGCGAUGAGUACGAGAAAACUUAUAUUGAUGCUGCCAACAUGGACCGAGAUAUCUCCAAAAGUGCUCAGUGA